AGCGUGAAAAGUAUCAUAAAACCAUGCAUUGAAUUUCCAUCAUGCAAAAAACCUGAAACUCAACACCCACACCCCCACAUACACACCCCUACACACACACACACGCACCUUUAUCACAGAAAAAUAUUGAUAUGUUUGGAGGAGACGCCAGCGAACAAUCCAGAGAGUUUGUAGACGACGAUCAGAAGGACAGGUGAAUGAUCUUUAAUGUCAGAUAUUUCAAUAUUAAUUCAGUUUUCAAAAGUAAAGCAAAACUAAAUGGCAAUUUAGAGACAAUGAUUUUAUCUAUUUUUUUGCCCUGAUAUGUCAAACAAGACUGGACUAUCCAAUCGCCCAGAGUCAGCAGACAAAUUCAUCAUUUGAUGUCAAACAGCUGAAAACUGAGCCUCCAUCUCACUGCCUCCCUGAAACAGACAUGUCAGUCAACUCAACUCUUACCAGCAACACCAUCCAUCACCCAUUCUUCCACUGCUCUGACGUCACUGUUAAUUUCAUCAUCUCUGUUGCUUUCACCGUCACCAAAUUCCUCCUUCUCCAUCCUCUCUCCAUCCUCGUCCUCUACCUGGGUCACCAGCAAUGGCGGCGGCAGCGCUCCACCACCAUGAGCCACUCUGACUUCUUCACCGUCCAGAUGGCUGCCAUGGAGCUGAUCAGUGAGUCAGGAUGGGUUCUCCUCUGUUGUGGCUCUUACGCAGAUCGCCCAGUGAUGUCAAUCGUGGGUAUCUAUUUGUGUUUCAUCAUUUUCCCCGGACAGACUUUCUUUCACAUCCUCACCUGUGUGGAGCAAUACCUGGCUGUUGUUCACCCCGUCACCUACCUGGGGCUGAGACACUCAGCUGGGGUCAGGAUCAGGAACAUUAGCACUGGCUGUGUUUGGCUGCUGUGUUUUGGAUGGAUCGGUGUUACUGCUCUUUAUGUGCCUGAGUUUCCAAUCAUUCCGUUUCUCGGCUUCUUGAUUUUCUCCUUAUUUGUUGUCUCUUUCUGUAGCCUCUCUGUUCUCCAUGUUCUGAUUCGUCCAGGGCCAGGGGAAGUGGGCGGGGACAGGGAGCAGGUUAACCAAUCAAAGCAGAGGGCUUUCCAUACCAUCAUGGCCAUAAUGGGAGUGUUGUGUCUGAUGCUUGUAGGGAUUCUAGUUUGUGUAGCUCUAGAUGCUUCACCACUACUGAGCAACACUGAUGGCUGUGUGGUCAUGAUAUCUGCCAUCUGGUUCAGCCUGCCCAGCAGUCUGGUGUUACCUCUGCUAUUCCUCCACCGCGCAGGAAAACUACAGUGUGGUUCCAAUGCUGACUAACUUAAAACAUAAAACUGGUGAUAUCCUGUGUUUUAGUUAUUCCCUCCCUCCCAGAGACCUUAAAGAAGGUGAGGUACUUCCUUCCUUGGGAACUCUUAAAAGGUGAGGUACCUCACUCCUACGAACCCUCAAGAGAUGAGGUGCCUUUCUCCUGGAGAACCUCAAGGGGUGAGGUACCUUUCUCCUGGGGACCCUCAAGAGGUAAGGUUCUUUUCUCCUGGGGACCCUCAAGACGUGGGUUACCUUUCUCCUGGAGACCCUCAUGAGAUGAGGUACCUUUCUUCUGGGGACCCUCAAGAGAUGAGGUACCUUUCUCCUGGGGACCCUCAAGAGGUGAGGUACCUUUCUCCUGCAGACCCUCAUGAGAUGAGGUACCUUUCUUCUGGGGACCCUCAAGAGAUGAGGUACCUUUCUCCUGGGGACCCUCAAGA